AUGUUGUGCUCAAAGUGGACGAUCGAAGCACCGCCAACAUUUGCAAGGAGCAAACAUUACCUUAUCCGGUAAUGUCAUGGCUGUCGUCGCUUAAUGGAGAUGGAUGACGAGCUGGAGAACUUCAUCAGGGCACGGAAGGCGAGAGUGGCUGAGGAUAAAGCCAGUUUAGAACAAGACCCUCCUUACAUGGAAAUAAAGGGGAAAUCCAGCAGAGCCUAUGGGUCCACUGUUAAGGAAAACAUCCCUCCCAAGUUGUCAGCACAGGGGAAAGAGGAGAGUUGCACGGUGGGUCUGCCCCUCGGUGUAGAGUAUGAGAGGAAGAAACAGAGGCUGCAGCAUGAGCUCCGUAUGGACUACAGGCGCUACAUGGCUCAGAAGAAGCACUUUGACCGUGUAGAACCUGGACCAUUAAUUCACCUCGAUAACAGGAGGUCUAUCAAGCAACAGCUGCUUGAAGACGAUACAGUUGUUCUUCCCAAACAGCGACCCCCCUCACGGAGGGAUGCAGCCACUCUGACCGAGGACAGUAGGGGGUUGCGCCUCGCCGAGGUUAAAAACCUCGGUGCCGAAGAAGACGAGGAGCAGUAUUCUGUAUUUCCAAGGCAUCAUGACAGGCUGGGGAAGCCACUGGAUGAGGACUCAGAGGAGGACGAGUACUUGAAAGAGCUGAUGGAAGGAAGAAGACGCAGACAUACAGGGACCGAGGCCGGUUUUGAGAAGAGACGGUCCAAUAAAACUGAUGGCAGAGGAAAGAUGGAGAAUCUGAUGGGCAGGGGAUCGAGAGCACUGACCAAAAAUGAGGAUGCUGAGUUUGCUACUGGCCUUAUAAUAGGAGCAACCGAUACAGAAGAUGCCUUACAGAGGAGGAAGGUGCGCUACAGACAGGAGCUGCAGGAGCAGAUAGCUGAACAGCACAGAAACAAGAAGAGGGAGAAAGAUUUGGAGCUGAAAGUUGCUGCGACAGGAGCAAAUGAUCCAGAGAAACAGCCGGACCGCAUCAGGCAGUUUGGACUGAGCAGGAGAGAAGAUCCUCAGAUUCUGGAGCCUUCAGCCACAGGGGGAAGUGAAACAUCAUCCAGAGGUCUACCUAACAAUGUGAAGAUGGGUGUUAGAGACAGAGAGAUGCCUCCUCCUGAGCAGCCCCAUGUCGCCUUUCAGUCCCCUCUGCUGGAGUACAGCUCUGCCCUGAACCUCGGGGGAGGAGGUCUAUCUCCCAGCAGCCAGCCAGCUGCCCCCUCCUUCCCCAGAGCCGUGGACACACCCAGAAUCCCCUUGUUUGCUCCUCAUCCUCCAUCUACUCUCAGCGAUGCCUACAGGAGCCCGUAUGGAGAGCCUCAUCACUACUACAGCACCAGAAACCUGCUUGACCCAAACAUGGCCUACUAUGGUCACUUGUCUGUUCCUGGCGCCGGUCUUCCCAUGUCCUACUGGAACGCACCACCGGGGGGAGCUCUGCCCAGUCAGUUUGGUCACCACAGUCCUCACAGCCAGCACAGUGGGAGCAGCUUCCCUGAGCCUCCCAUACAGCAGAGCACUGAGGCUGCUACAGUGGACUCGCAAGUCAGGGUUUUUCCUUCAGACAGAUCCAGAGCAACCAGGGAGAGGAUUCUGAGCUACAGGGAGGCUUUGAAACAGCAGAUCCAGGAGCAACAGGAACAGAGGCGUCUGGAGAGGGAGGAGAGGGAGCGUUACGAGGCCCAGCUGGAGGCCGACAUGAAGAACCACCAGCCGUGGGGUCGAGGUGGAGGAGGAGCUCCACUCAGAGACAGCACUGGAAAUCUCAUCGCUGACCUCAACCAGAUGCACAAACUGAAUGAGGAGGCCUACAUUAACCCGGAGCAGCGGCAGAGGAGGGCCACGGCUGCCAUAACGGCCCGCCGAGCGGAGCUCCCUGACCCCAACGAGAGGGUCUCUGGUACUGUAACAGAUUACAGUAGCCAUGACACUAGUGAAAGACUUUCUGGUUUCACCCAUGUCCAAACCCCCCAGUUUGCCAGAGGCAACGUGUUUGCCAACCAGCCUACCCAGCAGCAACUCCACGAGCAGGACAAGUACAAAGCUUACCUCAAACAGCAGAUUGACGAGAAAAUGCUGAAAAAGGCAGAGGAGAGGGAACGAACAAGACUUGAGGAGGAGAAAGAAGAAAAGAGGCUUGCAGAGCAGAGGGCUCGCAUCCAAAGGGAGUAUGAUGAAGAGCAGGAGAGGAAGAAACGGAAGGAAAUGGAGCAAAAGGCCAAGAAUGAAGAGCUGAUUCAGCUGGCUGAACAGAGGAAGAAGGAAAUGGAGAGGAAGAAGACUGAAGCAGAGGAGAAGGAGAGCGCAGCGCUGAGGAGGCAGUAUGAGAGGGAGAGGCAGGCUCGGCUGGAGGAGGUCCACAGGGAGCCCUCACCUCCAAUCCCCACUCUGCAGAGGAAACAUGGGCUACACCAGUACAGCCCCAGACCCCCCACUGUUGACAGCCAGCACUCUACUGCUCCCCUCUCUGAGCGCUCUCUGUCCGGUCUUCAGUCCCCUCCAGUCCCUGCUCGUAGGAAUCAGCUUCGAGCUGCAGGUGAUCAGCACGAUGUGUUCAGCGAGCUGUCAGCUUUGCGUCGGCAGCUCCGCAGUGAGCAGAAGCGGCUGGAGGGUCGUCUGCAGCAGGGCGACUGGGAGGACUUAGACUCUCCCCUGAGUGACAGACAUCGAGAGCGCCCCCCGGUGGACGUGUUUGACAUGGCCAGGCUGCGGCUCCAAGCGCCGGUACGACGGCCCAACUCCAGAAACAUGGAGCCCAGAAACCUGCUGCGAAUCCACGACUCCCUUCAGCUCAAAUACCCAGACGGUGAGUCCAGGCUGGGCUUCAGCGACGCUACAAAACCGGAGGACGGAGGAGGCAGAAGAAGGCGGGACUAUAGAGAUCCAUAUCAGUUCAGCAGCCAGAGGUCGACAGUUCAGGACGAUUAUUUUGACCUGUCCCCACCACAGCAAAACGAUUAUCUGAGGAGUGUGUUGGGGGGAUCUGCAAGAGAUUCCCUGCUGGAGUCAGAGAGUGCUUUCAUUGAUCCCUUGGGCGAUGCCUUUCCAGUGCCGCAAACCCCAGAGCUUGAAAAAGCUCCUCUGCUGUCAGCCAGGGAGAGGAGAAGGCUGGCCAAACAGCCACAGCGCCCCCAGGACCGAGCUGCUUCCAGCCAGCCCUUCAGCCAACAUGGUGACUACUGCAGCCAAUCAGGUAGCAGACUGCUGCAGGAAGCUGAGCCCAGCGGUGAGUCGGGGAACCGGGACAGGACAGGUCGCCUGAUGGCUCUUGGUCGGCGUGGCAACACAGCUGGACCUCUGGAUCUGUCUGAUGACAGCUGCUCCCCUCCUCAGUUUUCUCUCGGCAAUCACAACCAUCAAAGCUCCGUGGAAACCGUCUCCACGGAUCCCUGGAUGCGGCCGGGAACAUCAGACACACUGAAAUGUUUGGACCGACCCUCAAGGAGGGAGCGGCUAAAGACGUAGCACCGUGUCCCCCGAGCUCGCCUCGACACAGCCGCCCCGUCUGUCUUUGAAUAAAGACAUCAUGAUUUUAUGACUUGGCUUUUAUAACAACACAUCAAUAUGAAUGUCUGAAAAAUGAUAACUGAUGGGAGUGUACUUUUUGUUAAAUCAUUUGUUAAAUCAGAGAACCUCAAUAUCUGUUACAGUGACAACUCAUGUUUUUGUUUAUUUACUAUUUUAUUAAUGACUAAAUUAUGUCUUAAAUAAAUUAUAUU